ACGUCAUAUAUGUGCGACGGAGCUGUUUGAGGACAUGACUUGUUAUUAAACGACCGGUGUGGAUUUUGUAUUUUCAGUGUGUUUCCACAAUGUUCGCUUUCAGACGGAGCUUGACCAGCGCUGUCAUCUCUGCUCUUCGGGUUUCCCGCACCGAUCAAGCUGCUGUGUCCGGCAGUGUGCAGAGAUGUCUGUCCACACAAACGGACGGAGAGGUCCGCAUCGCGACGAUACUGAAGGAGAAGUUUCCGUCAGCCUCUUCGCUGAAAGUUGUGGAUAUCUCAGGUGGUUGUGGGGCCAUGUAUGAGAUCCACAUCGAGUCCAGUGAGUUCAAAGGAAAAAGGACUAUUCAGCAGCACCAGUUAGUAAAUCAGGCACUCAAGGAAGAGAUUCAAGGAAUGCAUGGACUACGAAUAUUUACUGAUGUUCCAAAAUAAUUGAGGGUCAUUUGACUGUUUUCCAAAAACCUUUUUCCUGUGUUCACCCUAUGAAUGUAAACUUUUAAAGAGGAUAUUGUGUAGUUCAUGUUUUCUAUUAUAAUUGUGUCAGUGGUAAAAGACAUAAGGGCUUUGACUCUGCCAGUUACCAUUAACAGUGUGAAAUGUGUAAGAAGUGUAUUUUUUCAACUAGCGAGAUAUAUGCUCCUCUUGAGAUAAUAUAUUAAAUGAAGGCUAAAGUACGCACAAAA